AUGGGUCUAGGAUCAAAGAUCAAGGAGGCACUUCACGGUGACCACCACGACAAGACCAGCUCUGACGCAAGGCCGCCAGGGGCCUUCCCUCAGGAUGACAUUCCUCAGAAGCACGCCGACGGCAAGGACUACAUUGCACCACACGGCAGUCUCAUCGACAAGAACAGGAACACUACAGGCCACGCCGGCACAACCACCGGAACCACGGGGACAACUGGCUCAGGGCUAGGUUCCACUCCCGUUGGUGGCGCAGACUCAUUGUCUGCUGGCGCUCAGCGCAACAAGCUGCACAAGGAAGGAGAAGGUUACCUGCCCUCAGAGACGGGCCAGACCACAUCAACAUCAACACACGGCACUCGAGGUCACCAGCCUGUUGAUUCCGGUGUUGGUCUCGCUCAGACUUCGGGCAGGGACCACACCAAAGAAGGCGCCUACUGGGGCGACCUCUCCCCAGGCGGACAUGCAAGCAAGGACACUCACGGUCCGAACAAUGACUUGCCUGAGCACGGCCACCACGGCCAUGACUACACGCCCGUUGGCACUGGGCAGAAUGUCUCCUCACUGCCCGACCGGACCACCCACGGCCACGGAUCUGGGAGCGCUGCCCAUCACAACCCUCUGCAUGGCGACCAAGCAGUUGGAGGAGGUGUAUAUAACACCGUCGCCGGCGCCGGCAGCCCGGACUACGACCGCUCACACGGCGGCGCCAAGCCUCACACAACAGCAGGUACCGUCCACGACCCUCUCACCUCCGGCACAAGGGGCACGAAUGUCCAUGACUACAAGACAAGCCUUGGCGGAGCCGGCGCGCCGACUUCCCGCGAUGACCGCACCACUGGGCCGGGUUUGACACAUGCCGGCGAUGUGGGAGCAGGAUACGGCGCUGGCGCGUCUGAGCGUGGACUGGGUCAAGGCGGUCUGUCCCAGGGCGGUCUGGGUGGCGCUUCCCACGGUGGCCUCACUGGAGGUGGCCUUGGUGGGAGCGGACUGGGCGGAAAUGGACUCUCGGGAUCGGGAGUUGGCAGGUCCACAGGAUAUGGCGACAGCGGGCUCACACAUCAUGACCAGUCCACCGGCCAUGGCAACAGCCACGCUGGAGCGGGCCUGGCUGGAGCAGGUGUUGCCGUUGCCGCAGGAUACGGCGCGAGCGAGCUCUCUCAUCGCGGCCAAGGCAGCACCGGCCACGGCGGUGCUUACGACUCAACAUCGGGCCAGCACGCUCCUGGUGUCCCUCGUACCAGCAUGCUCGACGUUGAGCCGGCUGGAGGUGUCACCGGCUCGCACCCCGGCCACACCACCCAGUCUUCUGGUAUCCCACACAGCAACCCUCUCGGCUCUCAGCGGGGCGUCACCGGCUCCCCUCCUCACCAUGGCAGCCACGGCGUAGGAGCAGGCUCACCCACCAACGUGGGCUCAGGGAUCGGAACGCACAGCAAUAAAGAGACAAAUGCCCAGGCGGUUCCCAGCAAGCCAGCAUUGCCGCCCAACGUCUCGAUAUUCUCCCCAAAGGACCCCAGCGGAUCCAAGGCCGUGCUGAACGGCCACAUCUUCUCGCGCCUGACGACGAGCUCGCAGACCGAACCGUCACGGCUCGCCGCAGCCCUCAAGGCCAGCUCCGGGGUCAGCGAGGCCUUCUGUCUCAGCCACGGCGGCGCCGUCCUGGUCUUCGACGCGGAGCAGCCCGGCGUGGAUCUCAAGGACAGCCACCACGAGCACGUCAGGGCCGUCUGCUUGGCGCUCAAAGAUGCUGAUAUCAGCCUCAGCAUCUCCGGCUGCGUGUUUGACGCGGCAGAGGUGGUGAAAGCCGGCUUCCAGCUUGAUGGGCUGAGCCGUGGCGCGGUGAUGGUUGUCGACUUGAUGCACGAGGAGGACGACGACUCGGGCUCAGGCGAUGAUGAGGAUGCUGAGGCGAUCCUGAUGGGUGGUGAUUCUGGGGAAGUGGUGUCCUAG